UUUGAUAGGAGGGAACCGUACCAGAAGAGUCUACGCAGAGCAAGAUCAGAGAUUCCAAUUUCAAACAAAAUUAAGCUCUCAAUUACUUCCAUUCAUGGCGGCUUCGUCGUCGUCGUUGUCAAGUCGCCUUUGGAAAUACGACGUGUUUCUAAGUUUUAGAGGCGAAGACACUCGCGGCGGUUUCACAGGCCAUCUCUACGAAGCUUUCGUACGGAACGGAAUCCACACAUUCAAAGACGACGACGACAUGGAAGAAGGAACAAACAUUUCUUCUGAGCUAUUUGCAGCCAUUGAGGCUUCGAGGAUGGCCGUGGUUGUGAUCUCAGAACACUACGCUUCUUCACGAUGGUGCCUUGCGGAGUUGGUUAAGAUACUCGAGUGCAGAGAGCAUAUGGGAAUGAAGGUUAUGCCUAUCUUUUACAAAGUGGAUCUUUCUGAUGUUCGAAACCAGAGGGGAAGUUUUGGGAAAGCUUUUCUUAAACAUGAAGCCAGAUUUGGAGAAGACGACUCGAAGGUGCUUCAAUGGAGGAAGGCUCUGUUUGAGAUCGCCGGCCUUAAAGCUUGGGUUUCUGAUAAUCGAACGCUUGAAUCAAAGCUUAAAGAAGACAUCUGUGAAGCAAUAUUGAGAAGAAUCAAACCUAAUUUGACACUCAUUGAGAAAGAAAAAGUUGUGGGAGUCACUUCAAAACUAAACCAACUUUUUUCCCUUUUGAAUCCAAACACGAAUGAUGACGACGACGACGAGGAUAAUAAUGUGAUCUUGGUGGGAAUACACGGGAUGGGUGGCAUUGGCAAGUCAACCAUAGCUCGAGUUUGUUACGAGCAAAUUCGAGGCGAAUUCAAAGCUCAUUGCUUCAUCUCCAACGUUCGAGAGCAAUUCGAAACGGCUGGUAUUACUCACUUACAAAGCAAACUCCUCUCAGGAAUAACAUUCUCAAUGAAGAAGAUUGACAAAGGGGAUGAUCUAGAUGGCAGGGCUUUGAUUAGCAAAGCAAUUUCCCUAAAGAAGACACUUCUUGUCCUAGAUGAUGUGGAUCAUCUUGACCAAAUAACGAAACUGAUACCCGACAAGGAUUGCUUUGUCGAUGGUAGCAGAGUCAUCAUCACAACAAGAAAUGCUGAUUUGCUUUCGACACAUGGGGUGAAAAGAAUGUUCAAAAUGGAAGAACUUGAGUACGAGGAAUCCCUUCAACUCCUAAGUUUGAAUGCUUUUAAGGAAAGGUGUCCAAGAGAAGGUUAUUUGGGACAGUCCGACCGCAUUGUUAAGCUUGCUGGUGGUCAUCCUCUGGCACUUCAAGUCUUGGGGAGCUCUUUACAGAACAAAGAUUUGAGCGUUUGGGAUUACGUUAUAGAAAGGCUCCAAGGAGGUUGGAGUAUUGAUGACAAGAUUUUCAAGUGUCUUAAAGUAAGUUACGAUGGGUUGGAUGAUGAGCAGAAGGAGAUUUUUCUUGAUAUUGCUUGCUUCUUCAAGGGAAAGAGAAGGGAUCUUGUAGAGGAAAUACUCGAUGGAUGUGAUUUAUAUGCCAAGAGAAACAUUGAACUUCUCAUUCAAAAAUCUCUCGUAACUUUAUCUCAUCACAAUAGAUUACAAAUGCAUGAUUUAUUGCAAGAAAUGGGUCGAAAAGUUGUUCCUCAAAAACCUGUUCGAGAUCGGCUGUGGUGCCUCAAGAACAUCAAAAGCGUGGUCACAGAAGCAUCGAUCCAAAGCAUAUUUUUGAAGUCCACAGGAAAAAUUGUUCUAAUCCCACUCUCAUUGUCAAGAAUGCACCAACUUAGGUUGCUUAACUUUCACAAUGUGAGACUGCAAGACCAAUCGGAAUGCUGCAUUCCGAGUGAGUUAAGAUAUUUGAAGUGGAAAAGAUAUCCUUUUGAGUUUCUGCCAUUGAAUUCUGAAGUAGACUAUAACCUCAUUCAGCUCCACAUGUGCUACAGCAAUUUGAAACAACUCUGGCAUGGAGAAAAGAAUUUGGAGAAGCUGAAGUAUAUCAAAGUUGGGCACUCUCAGAAAUUGUUCAAAACUCCGAACUUCACACAGCUUCCAAAUCUAGAAAGAUUAGAUCUUGAAGGCUGCACUAAUCUGAGCAACAUCCAUCCAUCCAUAUUCAUUGCCAAAAAACUCACUUUUCUGAGUAUGAAGAAUUGCAUCAAUAUCACUAAUCUUCCCCUCCAGAUUACCAUACAUAAUCUUGAAGUUUUCAUUCUCUCUGGUUGUUCAAAGCUCAAGAAGCUCCCUGAAUUUAUAGGCAAUACAGAUAGUUUACUGGAACUCCGUUUAGAUGGCACCUACAUAGCUGAGCUACCUUCAUCAGUUGCAAGCUUGAAUCGCCUGACGGUACUAAAUUUAAUGAAUUGUAAGAAGUUGGUUUCUGUUUCUUUUUCCUUUAACAGGAUAUCCUCCCUUGAAUCCCUCAAUCUCUGUGGAUGUUCAAAGCUUGGAAACCGAACAAGAACGUCGGACAGCGGUGCUCAACAUGCGACGAUCAAACGGUUAGUCCUAAGUUUGUAUAGAGCUCCAAGGAGCGGCGUUUUCGGAAUCCCAUCAAUGUCUGGUCUUUACUCUCUUACUGAAUUGAAUCUUAGCAAUUGCAACAUUGAAACGAUCCCAGAAGGGAUCGAGGGUUUGGUGUGGUUGAGAAUGCUGAAUCUAAGUAACAACAGCUUCACUGAGCUUCCAGCAAGCUUAGCUCAACUUCAUAAUCUAAGAUCCUUAAACAUGAAUGGAUGCAAGAAACUUGUGCAGGUUCCAGAGCUCCCGGCAAGGAUUAUGAAGUUGAAGAUGAAGGAUUGCAUUUCACUGAAAACAUCUACGGCCAUUUCCAAGAUGGACCGUUUGUACUUCAUGACAGGGGUCAACCUUCAGAAUUGCUACCAAUUAGCCGACGAUAAACACAUCCAAACUUUGCUCACUUCAUGGAUGCAGUGGAUGAUGAGUGGAUUUUAUGACGUGCAGAAGACGGCCUUCCAGACAGAAAAGCUAAGCAUUAUGAUACCUGGGAGUGAGAUUCCAGAUUGGUUUACAACAACCAAAAUGGGUUCUUCAAUCAGUAUGAAAUGGGAUCCAAAUGCACGUAAUGGCAACAAGAUUUGCUUUGCUUUGUGCGUGGUUUUUGGCCCGACUCACCCACAAAACAUCACCACCGUCGUUUCCUUUGCCAUUUCUGCAUCAAUGAUCAUUGAAAAGGAACUAGAUGGGUCUGCUAGGGAGGAGGACGAAGCUUGUGGGCAUGUGUUCUUGAGUUCAGGCAUGGAAACGGUAGAUCAUGUUUGGAUGUUCGUGUUGCCUUGCACCGAGUCAUAUUUGGAGAUAGAGUUUCGAUUUGGUCUCAGGGUUAAUCCUUCUCACUCUAUUCCUUCAAUGGGUUUGAAAAAAUGUGGAGUUCGUUUGAUUAAUAUGGAAGAAGACGAGGCAGCCGUUGCAUGGAAGGGCAAUUUUAUUCUCUUGAAGAACUCCUUCAGAUUAUGGCAAAAGUUGACAGUAAUGAAGAAAAGAGGCCACUGCCGAAGACUUUGAUUAUUUUGUUUUCUUUUAGAAGCAAAAAAAU